AUGCGCGAGGUGAUCACACUCCAGGUUGGGCAAUGUGGAAACCAGAUGGGAGCAGAGUUUUGGAAGAUGCUUUGCAACGAACAUGGGAUAUCACCAUGUGGAAUCCUGCAUGACUUCAGAGACCUUGGGGACAGGAAGGACGUGUUCUUCUACCAAGCAGAUGACAAUGUGUUUGUGCCACGCUCAGUACUUGUUGAUCUUGAGCCAAGAGUGCUUGCACAGGUCCCGUCGUUCUUCAACCAGGAAAAUAUUUUUCUUUCGAACGAAGGAGGAGGAGCAGGGAACAAUUGGGGGCAUGGAUACUGUGCUGGAAAAGGGAUGGGAGACGAUGUAAUGGAUAUUCUGCAAAGAGAAGCCGAAUGCUGUGACUCUCUGGAGACUUUCUUCCUGUUUCAUUCAAUUGCUGGUGGAACAGGCUCUGGAUUUGGAUCCUUGCUUCUUGAGAGGAUCAGAGACGAGUUUCCAAAGAAGAUACUGCAGACGUACUCGAUCUUUCCAAACAAUGAUGAGUCCAGCGAUGUGGUUGUGCAGCCAUACAACUCGAUACUGACUCUGCAGAGGCUUUCUGAAUGCUGCGACAGCGUGGUUGUGAUGGACAACUCGUCUCUUGGCAGAUAUGCGCUGGACUCCCUCAGGAUCGAUACGCCAACAUUUGAUCACAUCAACUUGCUUAUUUCGACCGUCAUGGCUGCAGCAACAAGCACGGUCAGGUUUCCAGGAUACAUGUACUGCACACAUCAGUCGAUAAACGCAUCUCUUGUUCCGAUCGACACAUUCAAGUUUGUUGUUCCCUCGUAUACACCGUUUGUGUGUGGAGAGAUGUCCAGGGUUGUAAGGAAGGCUACGCCGUCAGAUGUCAUGCGAAGGCUUCUUCUGCCGAAAACAAGGCUUGCAAGCUAUGAUUCAUCAAAAACACAGGCAUUUGUGUCUAUGAUGAAUAUACUCCAUGGAGUCGAUGAUGCAAGUGAGGUGUCUAGAACAGUGAUGAGGCUUCUGGACAAGAGAGUUGUCAACUUUGUGCCUUGGAUGCCUCCUUCGUUCAAUGUUGUUCUCAAUAGAAGCAUCAGUAACAGGAUGGGCGGCAGCAGAGUGUCAGGGCUUGGCCUUGCAAAUUCAUCAGGGAUCGCAUCGGUUAUGCUCAAGAUCUGUGGGCAGUUUGAUAAGCUUCGAAGGCAGCGUGCGUUUCUUGACAUAUACAAGAAGUUUGGUGUUGAUGCAGAGAUGUUUGACCAGAGCAAAGAGGCGAUCCAGAAGCUACUGGAGGAAUACAGCAGGGUAGAACUGUCCAAUUACUCGAGUGCCUGA